AUGGUCAACCCGUACCUGUGGAUUGCCAUUGUUGGCGGCAUCGUCGCCUUCCUCACCGGAUGCGGUGUGGGCAUGAACGACCUCGCCAAUGCCUUCGGCACGACGUACGGCUCCCGCGUGCUGACGCUGAAGCAGAUUGUUCUCCUCGCCUCCAUCUGCGAGUUCGCCGGCGCCGUAUCCCUUGGCGGUGAGGUGACCUCCACGAUCUCCGGCGGCAUCGCCGACCCGUCACAGUUCGUGAACGAGCCGUACGUUCUGAUGUACGGCAUGCUCUGUGCGCUUGGUGCUGCCUUUUCGUGGCUGCUGCUCGCGACCGCCUUGACCCUUCCCGUCUCCUCGACGCACAGCAUUGCGGGAGGCAUCAUUGGCUUUGCGCUUGUGUACGGCGGCGCCAGCGGUGUCUCUUGGUCGAAGAGGAAGAGCGAAUUUCCGUUUGUGUCGGGUGUGGUGCCGAUUGUUGCGUCGUGGUUCAUCUCGCCGCUGUUGGCUGGUAUUGCCGCCGCGAUUGUGUACGGCAUUAUUCGCGCGUUGGUGCUGCGUCCGGCGAACUCUGUGCAGCGGGCGCUGUAUGCCGUCCCGGUCAUUGUGUGUGUGGCGUUCUUCCUGGAGUCCUUCUUUGUGCUGUUCAAGGGCGCCAAGUCGCGCCUUCACUGGCCAGUGGAGAAGGCCCUGUGGGUCGCGGCCACCAUAGGCGUUGGCGCCGGCGUUGCCUCGAUCGCCGUCAUUCCCCUGCUGAGGCGCCGCGUGAGGUGGAUGACGGCGCGGGCUGCGCGGCGGGCGGAGGAAUUGGCUUGCUUCACUGCAGGGGUGGAGCAAAAUGCUGCGGCCGAUGCUCCCGCGGAGAAGACUGGGGAUGCCCCUGCGGCCGACGGCACCGUGUCCGGGAAUGUGGCGGCGGAGAGCGCGACGGGCGCCGAUGCGAGGGCGGAAAAGACGUCCAACGAACCCAUCACGGGGUCGCGCGUGGGCGAUUCGGACAAAGGCUCGGACAGCGAGCCCCGGGUGGAGGAAGAUGCGUCAAAGUUUGAAGUACAGCUGUUUGACAACCGCGCGGAGUACGUGUUCCGUUACCUGCAGGUGUUCACAGCCAUCUGUGCGUCCUUUGCGCACGGCUCAAGCGAUGUGAGCAAUGCGAUGGGGCCGUUCGCCGCCAUAUACUCCAUCUACCAGACGCAGACGGCGUCGGCGGUGAACUCCACGCCAAUUUGGAUCCUGUGCCUUGGUGGUGCCGGGCUCGUGCUUGGGCUUGCGACGUUCGGUGUGAGGCUUAUGAGGUUGCUCGGUGAGCGCAUCACGACGAUCACGCCGAGCCGCGGCUUUUCUGCGGAGCUCUCGACCGCGCUCGUUGUGUCGUUUGCCUCCGGCUACGGCGUGCCGAUCUCUUCAACGCACUGCAUCACCGGCGCCGUGGUUGCGAUCAGCAUGGUUGACGUUGGCUUCCUGAAGGUGCGCUGGAUCAUCGUCGCGAAGCUGUACGCCGGUUGGAUUAUGACUCUGGUCAUUUGCGGCGUGAUCUCCGCGCUCUUCUUCGCACAGGGGAUCUACUCCCCAAGCCGUGCCGAAUGA